AAGUGAUCAAGGUCCGCCAAUUCUGGUCCUUUUGUUCUUCUUUUUCGUUACUAAUUGUGUGUUGAAUUCAAUUUGCAACCCUGGCGAAUCCUUGGUGGGCUAAUCAGGUGAGUCUUCCGGGCAUGGACCCGGCAGGCAAUUCACCAGCCUUAAGCAAACGUGACCUUGAAAUUUCCAUGAACGACACGAGCAACAGUAGAAGCAACGGCAGAGGGGAUGAAGAUGAAGAUAGAGACACCGGCGAUGAGCCUAAAGAAGGGGCAGUCGAGGUUGGUACCCGGAGACCCAGAGGCCGUCCUCCGGGCUCCAAAAACAAGCCUAAGCCACCCAUUUUCGUCACUCGGGACAGCCCAAACGCGCUCCGUAGCCAUGUCAUGGAAGUUGCAAGCGGCACUGAUGUAGCUGAAAGCAUAGCCCAAUUCGCUCGAAGAAGACAACGUGGGGUUUGUGUGCUCAGCGGCAGUGGCUCCGUGGCUAACGUUACACUAAGACAACCAGCAGCACCAGGAGCUGUGGUUGCUCUCCAUGGAAGGUUCGAAAUCUUGUCUUUAACGGGGGCUUUUCUGCCUGGACCAGCACCACCAGGCUCAACAGGGCUCACGGUGUACCUAGCAGGUGGUCAAGGCCAAGUCGUUGGUGGAAGCGUUGUAGGUUCACUGAUUGCAGCAGGGCCUGUUAUGGUCAUUGCAGCAACAUUUGCAAACGCAACUUAUGAAAGACUGCCUAUAGAAGAUGAUGAAGAAGCUGGCAGUGGUGGCCAUGGAGGACAGAUCCAAGGAGGAGCAGGUAAUUCCCCACCGGCAAUUGGAAGUAGCGGCCCACAGACAGGUCUGCCCGAUCCAUCUUCACUGCCAAUAUACAAUUUACCCCCUAAUCUACUCGCCAAUGGAGGGCAACUAGGGCAUGAAGCCUAUGCUUGGGCGCAUGGGCGGCCGCCUUACUAA